AUGUCCCCGUUUCAGCUGUCUGUUGGCAAUGUGACCUACAAGAACACCAUGUCUGCUGCCAUCACUGUGAGGACUGGUCUAGAGGGCUCCAUCACCAGGGACAGUGUCUACAAGUUAUUCUUCCAGUGCACCUACUCGGGAAGCCAGGAUGUGCAAGUGGAGGCUGAGGUGUAUACUGUGGUGCCACCUCUUCCACUAGUAGAGCAAGGGCCAUUUGACCUGGAAUUGGUCAUUGCAACAGAUUCCUCCUAUGGCUCCUACUUUGUGGAUGCUGACUACCCAGUGACCAAAACUCUGAGGGAUCCUGUGGCUGUGGAAGUGCACAUCGUGAACAGGACUGACCCUAACCUUGUGCUGACUCUUAGGGACUGCUGGGUCACCCCAGGACCUUCUGCUUCCAGCCAGCCCCAGUGGAGCCUUCUGGUGAAUGGGUGCCCAUACACAGGGGACAACUAUUUGACUAGCUUGGUGACAGUGGACAGCACAUCUGGAGUAGCCUACCCAAGUCAUUACAAGAGAUUUGUGUUUGAGAUGUUUGCUUUUGUGGAUCCUGUAGCUCAGCAGGCUUUGGCUAAAAAGGUCUUCAUCUACUGUGUUGCUGCUGCCUGCUAUCCUUCUGCCACAGACUCCUGCACUCAGAGCUGCCCUGUGAGACGAUCUGGCAGAGCUGCAGACAACAUGUCACAAAUUCAUUCAUCCAGGAAGAAUGUGCUCCUUCACAGUGGUCCUGUUGUCAUUGAGGCUGACCAGCUGCAAACCUCCAGGCUGGAGCAGAAAACUUCUCUUCCUACUGGAUACCUGGUGCUGGGAGCUGCAGCUGCCUUGUUGAUGGUUGCACUGGUUUUCACUCUACUGGCUGUGUGGAGGUUGAACUGGAAGAAAGUGGAUCUGAAAUUUUAA